AAAACCCCCCGCCGACCCAGCCCGUCCCCGCCGCCGCCGCCCUUCGCGCCCUGGGCCAUCUCCCUCCCACCUCCCUCCGCGGAUCAGCCAGACAGCGAGGGCCCCGGCCGGGGGCAGGGGGGACGCCCCGUCCGGGGCACCCCCCCGGCUCUGAGCCGCCCGCGGGGCCGGCCACGGCCCGGAGCGGAGGAAGGAGUCGCCGAGGAGCAGCCUGAGGCCCCAGAGUCUGAGACGAGCCGCCGCCGCCCCCGCCACUGCGGGGAGGAGGGGGAGGAGGAGCGGGAGGAGGGACGAGCCGGUCGGGAGAAGAGGAAAAAAACUUUUGAGACUUUUCCGUUGCCGCUGGGAGCCGGAGGCGCGGGGACCUCUUGGCGCGACGCUGCCCCGCGAGGAGGCAGGACUUGGGGACCCCAGACCUCUUCCCUUUGCCGCCGGGGACGCUUGCUCCCUCCCUGCCCCCUACACGGCGUCCCUCAGGCGCCCCCAUUCCGGACCAGCCCUCGGGAGUCGCCGACCCGGCCUCCCGUAAAGACUUUUCCUCAGACCUCGGGCGCACCCCCUGCACGCCGCCUUCAUCCCCGGCCUGUCUCCUGAGCCCCCGCGCAUCCUAGACCCUUUCUCCUCCAGGAGACGGAUCUCUCUCCGACCUGCCACAGAUCCCCUAUUCAAGACCACCCACCUUCUGGUACCAGAUCGCGCCCAUCUAGGUUAUUUCCGUGGGAUACUGAGACACCCCCGGUCCAAGCCUCCCCUCCACCACUGCGCCCUUCUCCCUGAGGACCUCAACUUUCCCUCGAGGCCCUCCUACCUUUUCCCGGGAGACCCUCAGCCCCUGCAGGGGCGGGGCCUCCCCACCACACCAGCCCUGUUUGCGCUCUCGGCAGUGCCGGGGGGCGCCGCCUCCCCCAUGCCGCCCUCCGGGCUGCGGCUGCUGCCGCUGCUGCUACCGCUGCUGUGGCUACUGGUGCUGACGCUUGGCCGGCCGGCCGCGGGACUAUCCACCUGCAAGACUAUCGACAUGGAGCUGGUGAAGCGGAAGCGCAUCGAGGCCAUCCGCGGCCAGAUCCUGUCCAAGCUGCGGCUCGCCAGCCCCCCGAGCCAGGGGGAGGUGCCGCCCGGCCCGCUGCCUGAGGCCGUGCUCGCCCUGUACAACAGCACCCGCGACCGGGUGGCUGGGGAGAGUGCAGAGCCGGAGCCCGAGCCUGAGGCCGACUACUACGCCAAGGAGGUCACCCGCGUGCUAAUGGUGGAAACCCACAACGAAAUCUAUGACAAGUUCAAGCAGAGUACACACAGCAUAUAUAUGUUCUUCAACACAUCAGAGCUCCGAGAAGCAGUACCUGAACCCGUGUUGCUCUCCCGGGCAGAGCUGCGUCUGCUGAGGCUCAAGUUAAAAGUGGAGCAGCACGUGGAGCUAUACCAGAAAUACAGCAACAAUUCCUGGCGAUACCUCAGCAACCGGCUGCUGGCACCCAGUGACUCGCCGGAGUGGCUGUCUUUUGAUGUCACCGGAGUUGUGCGGCAGUGGUUGAGCCACGGAGGGGAAAUUGAGGGCUUUCGCCUUAGUGCCCACUGCUCCUGUGACAGCAAAGAUAACACACUGCAAGUGGACAUCAACGGGUUCACUACCGGCCGCCGAGGUGACCUGGCCACCAUUCACGGCAUGAACCGGCCUUUCCUGCUUCUCAUGGCCACCCCGCUGGAGAGGGCCCAGCAUCUGCAAAGCUCCCGGCACCGCCGAGCCCUGGACACCAACUACUGCUUCAGCUCCACAGAGAAGAACUGCUGUGUGCGGCAGCUGUACAUUGACUUCCGCAAGGACCUCGGCUGGAAGUGGAUCCAUGAGCCCAAGGGCUACCAUGCCAACUUCUGCCUUGGGCCCUGCCCCUAUAUUUGGAGCCUGGACACGCAGUACAGCAAGGUACGUCUGGCCCACCGGGCUAGGAGAUGGCCUGGGGGGAGCCAGGACGGAGGAAGAGGAGGGAGAAAGAGAAGUAAAGUCAGAGAGGUGAGUUGGCAGGAUGAAGAGAAAGAGAGGGAUGGGGUGGGGAAGAGAUGGGGAGAGAGGCAGGAAGCUAGAAAGGGGCUCUGAGCAGGGCGCAGAGGGAGAAGAGAUGUGAAGACCCACAGAGCUGAAGUAACAGAGGGAUGGGGGUGAAGGGGAGAAGAGAGACAGGGAGAUGGAAGGAAAAAGGCAGAGAGAAAUGGAGAGACAAAAUGAGAGAGGCAGAUACGGACACAGAGUUAGGCCAAGGAGAGACAAAGACAGAUACACAACAAGGCAAGAGGCGAAGAUGAGGAGGGGCAGAGACUGAGAAAGGAAAUCAGGCGGGCGCGGCAGCUCACGCUGGCAAUACCAACGCUUUGGGACGCCGAAGCAGGAGGAUCGCUUGAGCCCAGGAGUUCGAGAGUAGCCCGGGCAGCAGAGUGA